GACUUGACCUUGACUUUACCUCAGAGACAACCAAGUUGCCCCAUAACCCCCCUUUGGACGUAAUAAAUUUAUUACUGUUUUUUUUGCGCCACGCGGACCGAAUCGAAACGACCAUUAUGACGGAAAUUCCACUUAACUGGUCACCUUGCACAGGAUGCACAUGUCCCAAUCACAAUUUACCAUCCCGCAACUUUUCUCCUAAUCGCCACACUCUCGAUGACCCGAAUUUGUCACGUCUUAUGUGUUCGAAUGACGAACCUAUCGAGAGCGAGGUUGCUACACUUCAUGCAAUGACAGCCUCCUAUGAGGCAGAGAUACAGGAUAUCAAUGCAGAGGAAUCACGUUUGGCACAAUUCAUCUCCUACAUGAAAAAUCGCAUCUCACUUGCUGAGCAAAAAGCGAAAGCUCUUUGUCAAGAAAGACAACGCAUUUCCGAAGCUAUAAUCGAAAAGAAGAGACUCUUUCAUCCCAUUAGACGCCUUUCCGCGGAGAUACUUCUUCGUAUCUUCCGCUCGACGAUUGAUUUCCCUAUAUCGCGGACUUUUUCAGAGGAGAAUGACCAAUGGGAAUUUCAUCCCAGUGACAGCAUGCUCUGGUCUAUUGAGAUGGUAUGCAGGCGGUGGAGCGUAGUAUCACUCUCCUUCCCAGAACUUUGGUCGUUCGUGAAUGUGGUGAUCACCGACUCAAACUUCGGAGAAGAUUACCAUGGAAUUGCAUAUGUUCGGCGGCUUGGCAUGCAGCUGGCUCGUUCAAAGCUGCAUCGUUUAUCGCUAUCGAUUUUGAACGAUUACAGUCACUCGUCAUUCAACAGUCUGCCCCCAGCCCUGGUGGCCAUUCUAUUUGCCAUUUCCGGCCGUGUGGACUGUCUCCAUCUCUAUCUCCCUGCCAUCAUGUUUUCAAAAAUCCCAUCGCUACAUCUGCCUAUGCCAUCAUUGACAAACUUGUGUCUGAUUGCUAUGGACGGAGAAGCAACCGAUGACUAUCAUGACAUGGAUUUAUUCCAUUGUCCACUGCUUCGUGAACUGCAUGUCGUUGAUAUAUUCAAUGUUUCCGGCUCGUUUGCUCUUCCGUGGGCACAAAUCACUACCUUCACACAUGAUCAUGCUCGCUUAUAGCACUGGAGAUAUGCAAGUUAAGACUGCAACUGCCGACUCCCGAUAGUCAGUUUACCGGGGGAAUCUAUCCAUUAUCUUGUUCCAACCUUAGCGUGCUGGACCUCUCAUCUUGGGGAUCCGAGAUGCCGAUAGAACAGCUUGUGGAGAGGCUGACACUUCCCGCCUUGAC